AUGGUGGCGGUGGCGAUGGUGGUCGCGGGGGUGGUCGGAGUUGGUAGCAGCGACGACAGUGGUCGGGGGUGGCAGUGGUGGUGGCGGUUGAUAGCAGUGGCGGCGGUGAUCGGAGGUGGCAGUGGCAAUGGUGGCGGCGAUAAUCAAAGGUGGGUGGUGGCGAUGAUCGGAGGUGGCAGUGGCGACGCGGGGACGGAGGUGGGUGGCAGCGGUAGGUGGGUGGCAGUGGUAGGUCGUGGCAGCGGCGGUGGCGGGUGGCGGCGGAGGUGGGUGACGGUGGCAGAUGACGGUGGUGGUGGUGGGUGGUGGUAG